UUUAUAUCACGUGAUAUACGUCCAAGCUACGGCGAAGCUGUUGGCGAAAGCUCCAACGACAGACCUGCCCUCGUUCUUACUGCACGACUCCUUCAUCUGAACAAAAUACCUACCCAGCUUGUCCUUUAGAUAUUCAGACACCGAAUCCCCUAUCUCAACUUUCAAAAAGGGAGUUUUUGUGCCAUGGCGGACGUUGCAGUGGAGAAUCCUUUGGCCAACGUUGCGUCUCCGAAACGACCUGUUCCAACAGACAACAUCUUGAACAUCGACUCACUGGAAGGACCUGGAACGGAUGGAGGUGACGAAUAUGCCACAUUAAAGAGAUUACAGAGACACCUCGAAUACAUCCAACUUCAAGAAGAAUACAUCAAGGAUGAGCAGAGGAGCCUGAAGAGAGAGCUGAUCCGCGCACAAGAGGAGAUCAAGCGGAUACAGAGCGUUCCGCUGGUGAUCGGGCAAUUUAUGGAAGCUAUAGACCAAAACACGGGAAUUGUGCAGUCUUCGACGGGCUCGAAUUACGUCGUCCGUAUCCUGUCCACCCUCGAUCGCGAGAAGCUAAAGCCGUCAUCUUCCGUUGCUCUUCACCGUCAUUCCAACGCCUUGGUUGACAUCCUUCCUCCCGAGGCAGACUCUUCGAUUGCUAUGCUUGGUGAAAGCGAGAAGCCGGAUGUAACAUAUGCCGACGUUGGAGGGCUUGACAUGCAGAAGCAGGAAAUCAGAGAGGCUGUGGAGUUACCUUUGACCCAUUUUGAUCUCUACAAACAGAUUGGUAUCGACCCCCCUCGCGGUGUUCUCCUUUACGGCCCCCCCGGAACCGGCAAGACCAUGUUAGUUAAGGCAGUGGCCAACGGCACAACAGCAAGCUUUAUCCGAGUCAACGGGUCUGAAUUUGUCCAGAAAUACCUUGGUGAAGGCCCUCGUAUGGUCCGUGACGUCUUCAGAAUGGCACGCGAGAAUUCGCCGGCUAUCAUCUUCAUUGAUGAAAUCGACGCCAUUGCCACGAAGCGUUUCGAUGCUCAAACAGGUGCAGAUCGCGAGGUCCAGCGUAUUCUGCUGGAGCUCCUGAACCAGAUGGAUGGCUUUGAACAGACCAGCAACGUCAAGGUCAUCAUGGCUACUAACAGAGCUGACACACUGGAUCCUGCUCUGCUGCGUCCUGGUCGUCUUGACAGAAAGAUUGAAUUCCCGUCGCUGCGUGACAGACGUGAACGACGGCUGAUCUUCACCACGAUCGCCUCCAAGAUGUCGCUUUCACCCGAAGUUGAUCUGGACUCUCUGAUUGUGCGCAAUGAGCCUCUUUCUGGUGCAGUCAUCGCCGCCAUUAUGCAGGAUGCUGGCCUCCGUGCGAUACGGAAGAACCGGUAUAACAUCAUCCAGUCUGACUUGGAAGACGCAUAUUCGGCCCAGGUGAAGAGUGGACAGGAAUCGGACAGGCUCGACUUCUACCGGUAAAGCAAACGCUCGUGGGGUUGCAGACUGAUGUUUGCAUGCGGCGACUUAUAGCGUUGGCUUCUAUAGGCAAUAUCUACUUUCAUGUAGCACGACUAAUCCAGGGAAAUUAUUCAUUGUCGCAUGGUAUGUAAUACGG